AGGUGAGAGCCUGGCGCAGCCCGGACCGAAAUCUUGCGGCGGCCUCAGAGCGUUAGACAGGUCAGUGUCCGGGCGGGAUGAGGGGCCGAGACUGAGGCGGGAAGAGGCGCGCACGCCGGUCCACCUUGUCCCCCCGCACAGCUUCCCGAGGCCACUCACGGGGUCACCUCCGCCGGGGCCACCCAGUAGCGCGGGCGUGAUUCUGCAUUUUUCAUGACAGGCAAGGUGUGGCGCUGCCCUCUGCAGCCCAGCCGGGGCCAGGUGAUGCUCGGACUGAGGGGUUGGGGGAUGCGCGGGCCAGGGGAGGUGGCGGGCUCGGGAACACCCGCUAUUCUGAUAAAAUGGUACUCUUCUACUUAUGAGCCUCCGCAUCGAAACCACUACCUCCAACGUUCUCUUGCUUCAAGAUGCCCGGCCUCAGGCGUGAGAGGAAAGCAAGAUGCGGGAGAGGGAGAGAAGAAAGGAGGCCGGGAGACCCGAGGCCCGGGAAGUGAGGGGAGGGGACAGGGGUACCGAUUCGCUAUGCAAAUCCUGGCGCGCGAGAUGUGGAAAGCCCCAGGUGGCCGGCAGGAGCCUCCGGAAGCGCGGGGGCCCCAACCCACGCCUUCGCUCCCCACCUUUCUCACUCUCCCAUCCCUACCGCCCACCCAGGAUGCGGCUGGGCCGCCGGGCCCUCUGUGUGCUGGUCCUGCUGCUCGCCUGCGCCUCGCUGGGGCUCCUGUACGCGAGCACCCGGGUCGCGCCGGGCCUCCAGGCACCUCUUGCGCUGUGGACGCCCCUGCAGGGCAACCCCAGGCCAGAAUUGCCAGGUCUUGCCCCCGAGCCCCGGUACGCACACAUCCCAGUCAGGAUCAAGGAGCAAGUGGUGGGGCUGCUGCCCACGAACAACUGCAGUUGUGAAUCCAGUGGGGGGAGCCUUCACCUCCCCUUCCAGAGGCGGGUCCAAGCCAUUGACUUCACCAAGGCCUUUGACCCUGAGGAGCUGAGGGCUGCAUCUGCCUUGAGGGAGCAGGAGUUCCAGGCCUUCCUUUCAAGGAGCCAGUCUGCUGCUGACCAGCUGCUCAUAGCCCCUGCCAACUCCCCACUACAGUACCCCCUGCAGGGUGUGGAGGUCCAGCCCCUCAGGAGCAUCUUGGUGCCAGGACUGAGCCUGCAGGCCACUUCUGGUCAGGAGGUAUACCAGGUGAACCUGACUGCCUCCUUGGGCACCUGGGACGUGGCAGGGGAAGUGACUGGAGUGACUCUCACUGGAGAGGGGCAGCCAGAUCUCACCCUCGCCAGCCCAGGGCUGGACCAACUCAAUCGGCAGCUGCAACUGGUGACUUAUAGCAGCCGAAGCUACCAGGCAAACACAGCAGACAUAGUCCGGUUCUCCACCGAGGGACACAAAGUUGCCUUCACCAUACGCAUAAGACACCCACCCAGCCCUCAGCUGUACCCACCUGGGUCUCUACCCCUGGGAGGUGAGACUGCCCAGUACAACAUCAGCGCUCUGGUCACCAUUGCCACUAAGACCUUCCUUCGUUACAAUCGGCUACGGGCACUCAUCGCCAGCAUCCGCCGCUUCUACCCGACAGUCACAGUGGUAAUCGCCGACGACAGCGACAAGCCAGAGAGCAUUAGAGGUCCCCACAUCGAGCACUAUCUCAUGCCUUUUGGCAAGGGCUGGUUCGCAGGCCGGAACCUGGCCGUAUCCCAAGUAACCACCAAGUACGUGCUGUGGGUGGACGACGACUUCGUCUUCACGGCGCGGACACGACUGGAGAGGCUUGUGGACGUGCUGGAGCGGACGCCGCUGGACCUGGUGGGGGGCGCGGUGCGCGAGAUCUCCGGCUUCGCCACCACCUACCGGCAGCUGCUGAGCGUGGAGCCCGGCGCGCCAGGCCGCGGGAACUGCCUCCGGCAGAAGCGCGGCUUCCACCACGAGCUCGUCGGCUUCCCAGGGUGCGUGGUCACCGACGGCGUGGUCAACUUCUUCCUGGCGCGCACUGACAAGGUGCGCGAGGUCGGCUUUGACCCGCGCCUCAGCCGCGUGGCGCACCUGGAAUUCUUCCUGGAUGGACUUGGUUCUCUUCGGGUGGGCUCCUGCUCAGACGUUGUCGUGGAUCAUGCAUCCAAGUUGAAGUUGCCUUGGACAUCAAGGGAUGCUAGGGCAGAGACUUAUGCUCGGUACCGUUACCCGGGAUCACUGGAUGAAAGUCAGGUGGCCAAACACCGCCUGCUCUUCUUCAAACACCGGCUCCAGUGCAUGACCUCAGAGUGACGGCCACUCGGGGCCUUCCAACUGUCAGGCUGGGCCUACCUCCUUGCACCUGCCAGGAAUAUCUAGCAAAGCCCACCAGCCAGUGACCACUCCACUGACUGUCCCCAAUCUCCUUCAGAACUUGAUCCCAAAUAGGGGCUUGUCCUGGUGACAUUCCUCCUUUCUGCGAGUGCCCAGGGGCAUGAUGGAGCCAUAACUCAUCCCACAGCCAGUGCCAAGUCCUCCUCCCACCCCCUUCCCAUAGGGCAGGAAGUGGGGGGUUGCUUUCCAAGUGCCAAAGAGCCCAUGGGGACUCUAAAAACCUAAAGCGGAAACACUCUCAUCUCCUUGGGACCAAGGGGGUGGGAAAGCCCCCAGUAUAUAUUCCCAGGGCUGGGGCCUCCCUCGCAUCCCUGGAUCCAGGACUCUGUGCAGCGACUGCAGCCCCACCCCAUGGAGAGAACUGGUGACGGGAGCUGGUGUGGGGACCAGUGAACAUACAGGUGAAAGCCAUUUUCAGUUGUGUCUCUGCAAUGCUGUGUGCAUGGAGGAAUGGGGCACCAAGGGUCUGUGUGCAGACACCCAGACUCACUUCAUGAACCCCAGAGACUCUCAGCUUCAUUUUAUUAGUUACAUUAAGUAAGGGGGCUCAGGGACCCUGGCCCUCCUCACACACAUGCUUUUGGGACCCUCCACACUCCACAUGACCGGGUCAGACCCACACUGUGCAAGUCUUUGGACCAGUGAGCUCCUGGAAAAGGGAAGGGACAUGUCAGAAGUAGAUUAGGUGCCCCCCUCCCUCACCCAAGAUUUGGCAGACCUCUCAGGGGUACCCCGCCUGCUUUGGAACCUUAGUUCCUCAGUUCUUCACCCACAGCUGGGCCCAGUCUCCCUGGUUUAGUCUUAUAUAGACUAAUCACUUCAUCCCCACCCCUUUCCUUCAUCUCCCUCCUCAGCCCCCUUCACAAAUCCCUCUGCCUGGAUCUUCAGUCACUGACUCACACCUCCUUUGCCAUAGCCCAGCACCUCCUGGCUUCCACUCCCGUUGCUACUGCCGCCUCACCAGUCUCUCCAGGGCAUAUGCAGCUGCAUCCUGGACACUCACAAACAGCUGUUCUGGGGUCACUCUAUCCAGGAGUCCUGCCUGGGUCAGUGUCCCCAGCACUGAGGCUGUGUGGAGAAGGGGUCAGGCUCUCAGGUCCUACAACUACACCAUGUCCUCUUCCUUCCCCGCAAGCGUCCAGUCACUCCCCACUCUCCAGAUCCCUCCAUCCUCCACAUCUCACCAUUACACUGAGCCAGGAGAAGGUGGAUCCCAGCAUCUCGGCAU